AUGUCCAGCAACUUCGACUACAUGCCUCUUAUGAGUGGCAGCCGUGCAUAUAUCCGCGUUGACGGUGUUGAAACAGGUUCUUUCCACACAAAUGGUAAAACAACUUUAGUUGCUCGUGUUGGUCCAAGAGCAAACUUCAUGAAUCAUACAGCCGAAUUCUCAGAAAAGAAUUGUCCAAAGAAGACAUGGGAAUUCAAGUACUCUGAUGCAUCUCGUUCCUCUUUUGUUGUUGUAAUUUCAAAGAAACAUCUCUUUGGUGGAGACGAAGAGAUUGGUGAAGUUGAACUUCGCCUUUCAGCAUUCGAACCAAAUACAGUUGUCAGCGCAGAGUUCAAUCUCAAGAGUCCACAUAACCAAGCAGUUCCAGCUCGAGCUCGUUUAAGUGUUCACCUUUCAGAAGAUGGUAGCUCAGCUUUCUGCGCUCCAGCAGGUGGUGUUGUUUUUCAGAAUGCAGAAAUUCCACACAAGAAGACAUAUUUCCAGUAA